AACGACAAAAUAUGCCCAUAUAAAUCCUGCAGAAAAACAAGACAUGUCAAGAAAAGAAGAAAUCAAUAAAUAAAAAGAUAAAAAUAAAUAUAUACACAAAAUCAGAACCAAAUAUUGAAAAAGAACAAAAAAAUUUCAAACAAGAGCAAAAAAAGCUAAAAAAAAGUCGAUGAAAAAAUGAAAAUCACACAUAUUGUACUAUAUAUACUAAUAAGCACAUCAACAGGAAGCACCAACAACCAAAAACAAAAUGAAAAAAUUGGAAACUACAACAAAAAAUACAACCCGACGAAUACUAAACAUAACAAUCUAGAAAGCACCAACAAGAAAUCAUAUGGGAGUAACCGCCAGGCACCAACGUCGUUGGUAACCGUGUCGUCAGGUGAUCAACAAAAUAAUACACAAGGAGAAGGAGGGAGAAGGGAUGCACAAGUCGACGGUGGUCACGCAGAUCUUCCAGGCAUAAAUGGCUCUUCACGUGGGAGACUUCCAGGCUUCGAGGGUGGCAGAAGUCCCAUGCAAACUGAGAACACUGAAUCAGGUGGGGGACACGGUCAGCCUCCAACGUCGUUGGUAACCGUGUCGUCAGGUGAUCAACAAAAUAAUACACAAGGAGAAGGAGGGAGAAGGGAUGCACAAGUCGACGGUGGUCACGCAGAUCUUCCAGGCAUAAAUGGCUCUUCACGUGGGAGACUUCCAGGCUUCGAGGGUGGCAGAAGUCCCAUGCAAACUGAGAACACUGAAUCAGGUGGGGGACACGGUCAGCCUCCAACGUCGUUGGUAACCGUGUCGUCAGGUGAUCAACAAAAUAAUACACAAGGAGAAGGAGGGAGAAGGGAUGCACAAGUCGACGGUGGUCACGCAGAUCUUCCAGGCAUAAAUGGCUCUUCACGUGGGAGACUUCCAGGCUUCGAGGGUGGCAGAAGUCCCAUGCAAACUGAGAACACUGAAUCAGGUGGGGGACACGGUCAGCCUCCAACGUCGUUGGUAACCGUGUCGUCAGGUGAUCAACAAAAUAAUACACAAGGAGAAGGAGGGAGAAGGGAUGCACAAGUCGACGGUGGUCACGCAGAUCUUCCAGGCAUAAAUGGCUCUUCACGUGGGAGACUUCCAGGCUUCGAGGGUGGCAGAAGUCCCAUGCAAACUGAGAACACUGAAUCAGGUGGGGGACACGGUCAGCCUCCAACGUCGUUGGUAACCGUGUCGUCAGGUGAUCAACAAAAUAAUACACAAGGAGAAGGAGGGAGAAGGGAUGCACAAGUCGACGGUGGUCACGCAGAUCUUCCAGGCAUAAAUGGCUCUUCACGUGGGAGACUUCCAGGCUUCGAGGGUGGCAGAAGUCCCAUGCAAACUGAGAACACUGAAUCAGGUGGGGGACACGGUCAGCCUCCAACGUCGUUGGUAACCGUGUCGUCAGGUGAUCAACAAAAUAAUACACAAGGAGAAGGAGGGAGAAGGGAUGCACAAGUCGACGGUGGUCACGCAGAUCUUCCAGGCAUAAAUGGCUCUUCACGUGGGAGACUUCCAGGCUUCGAGGGUGGCAGAAGUCCCAUGCAAACUGAGAACACUGAAUCAGGUGGGGGACACGGUCAGCCUCCAACGUCGUUGGUAACCGUGUCGUCAGGUGAUCAACAAAAUAAUACACAAGGAGAAGGAGGGAGAAGGGAUGCACAAGUCGACGGUGGUCACGCAGAUCUUCCAGGCAUAAAUGGCUCUUCACGUGGGAGACUUCCAGGCUUCGAGGGUGGCAGAAGUCCCAUGCAAACUGAGAACACUGAAUCAGGUGGGGGACACGGUCAGCCUCCAACGUCGUUGGUAACCGUGUCGUCAGGUGAUCAACAAAAUAAUACACAAGGAGAAGGAGGGAGAAGGGAUGCACAAGUCGACGGUGGUCACGCAGAUCUUCCAGGCAUAAAUGGCUCUUCACGUGGGAGACUUCCAGGCUUCGAGGGUGGCAGAAGUCCCAUGCAAACUGAGAACACUGAAUCAGGUGGGGGACACGGUCAGCCUCCAACGUCGUUGGUAACCGUGUCGUCAGGUGAUCAACAAAAUAAUACACAAGGAGAAGGAGGGAGAAGGGAUGCACAAGUCGACGGUGGUCACGCAGAUCUUCCAGGCAUAAAUGGCUCUUCACGUGGGAGACUUCCAGGCUUCGAGGGUGGCAGAAGUCCCAUGCAAACUGAGAACACUGAAUCAGGUGGGGGACACGGUCAGCCUCCAACGUCGUUGGUAACCGUGUCGUCAGGUGAUCAACAAAAUAAUACACAAGGAGAAGGAGGGAGAAGGGAUGCACAAGUCGACGGUGGUCACGCAGAUCUUCCAGGCAUAAAUGGCUCUUCACGUGGGAGACUUCCAGGCUUCGAGGGUGGCAGAAGUCCCAUGCAAACUGAGAACACUGAAUCAGGUGGGGGACACGGUCAGCCUCCAACGUCGUUGGUAACCGUGUCGUCAGGUGAUCAACAAAAUAAUACACAAGGAGAAGGAGGGAGAAGGGAUGCACAAGUCGACGGUGGUCACGCAGAUCUUCCAGGCAUAAAUGGCUCUUCACGUGGGAGACUUCCAGGCUUCGAGGGUGGCAGAAGUCCCAUGCAAACUGAGAACACUGAAUCAGGUGGGGGACACGGUCAGCCUCCAACGUCGUUGGUAACCGUGUCGUCAGGUGAUCAACAAAAUAAUACACAAGGAGAAGGAGGGAGAAGGGAUGCACAAGUCGACGGUGGUCACGCAGAUCUUCCAGGCAUAAAUGGCUCUUCACGUGGGAGACUUCCAGGCUUCGAGGGUGGCAGAAGUCCCAUGCAAACUGAGAACACUGAAUCAGGUGGGGGACACGGUCAGCCUCCAACGUCGUUGGUAACCGUGUCGUCAGGUGAUCAACAAAAUAAUACACAAGGAGAAGGAGGGAGAAGGGAUGCACAAGUCGACGGUGGUCACGCAGAUCUUCCAGGCAUAAAUGGCUCUUCACGUGGGAGACUUCCAGGCUUCGAGGGUGGCAGAAGUCCCAUGCAAACUGAGAACACUGAAUCAGGUGGGGGACACGGUCAGCCUCCAACGUCGUUGGUAACCGUGUCGUCAGGUGAUCAACAAAAUAAUACACAAGGAGAAGGAGGGAGAAGGGAUGCACAAGUCGACGGUGGUCACGCAGAUCUUCCAGGCAUAAAUGGCUCUUCACGUGGGAGACUUCCAGGCUUCGAGGGUGGCAGAAGUCCCAUGCAAACUGAGAACACUGAAUCAGGUGGGGGACACGGUCAGCCUCCAACGUCGUUGGUAACCGUGUCGUCAGGUGAUCAACAAAAUAAUACACAAGGAGAAGGAGGGAGAAGGGAUGCACAAGUCGACGGUGGUCACGCAGAUCUUCCAGGCAUAAAUGGCUCUUCACGUGGGAGACUUCCAGGCUUCGAGGGUGGCAGAAGUCCCAUGCAAACUGAGAACACUGAAUCAGGUGGGGGACACGGUCAGCCUCCAACGUCGUUGGUAACCGUGUCGUCAGGUGAUCAACAAAAUAAUACACAAGGAGAAGGAGGGAGAAGGGAUGCACAAGUCGACGGUGGUCACGCAGAUCUUCCAGGCAUAAAUGGCUCUUCACGUGGGAGACUUCCAGGCUUCGAGGGUGGCAGAAGUCCCAUGCAAACUGAGAACACUGAAUCAGGUGGGGGACACGGUCAGCCUCCAACGUCGUUGGUAACCGUGUCGUCAGGUGAUCAACAAAAUAAUACACAAGGAGAAGGAGGGAGAAGGGAUGCACAAGUCGACGGUGGUCACGCAGAUCUUCCAGGCAUAAAUGGCUCUUCACGUGGGAGACUUCCAGGCUUCGAGGGUGGCAGAAGUCCCAUGCAAACUGAGAACACUGAAUCAGGUGGGGGACACGGUCAGCCUCCAACGUCGUUGGUAACCGUGUCGUCAGGUGAUCAACAAAAUAAUACACAAGGAGAAGGAGGGAGAAGGGAUGCACAAGUCGACGGUGGUCACGCAGAUCUCCAGGCAUAAAUGGCUCUUCACGUGGGAGACUUCCAGGCUUCGAGGGUGGCAGAAGUCCCAUGCAAAACUGAGAACACUGAAUCAGGUGGGGGACACGGUCAGCCUCCAACGUCGUUGGUAACCGUGUCGUCAGGUGAUCAACAAAAUAAUACACAAGGAGAAGGAGGGAGAAGGGAUGCACAAGUCGACGGUGGUCACGCAGAUCUUCCAGGCAUAAAUGGCUCUUCACGUGGGAGACUUCCAGGCUUCGAGGGUGGCAGAAGUCCCAUGCAAACUGAGAACACUGAAUCAGGUGGGGACACGGUCAGCCUCCAACGUCGUUGGUAAACCGUGUCGUCAGGUGAUCAACAAAAUAAUACACAAGGAGAAGGAGGGAGAAGGGAUGCACAAGUCGACGGUGGUCACGCAGAUCUUCCAGGCAUAAAUGGCUCUUCAGUGGGAGACUUCCAGGCUUCGAGGGUGGCAGAAGUCCCAUGCAAACUGAGAACACUGAAUCAGGUGGGGGACACGGUCAGCCUCCAACGUCGUUGGUAACCGUGUCGUCAGGUGAUC